UUAAUAUCGUAACAAUUUGUUGAAAUAAAAAAAUAUGGUGAAUUCUUUUAAAACGUGUCAGUGUGGCAAUAUUGUUUUAAAUGCCAAUAUAACCAUCUGCUAUCUCUGUUUGUCUUUUGCCAAAUAAUUAAAAAUAAAAUUCAUUCCUUUUGUCGAAAACCAAUUAAUCACAUCAUGGCUGAUUUAGAUGAUUUUUUUGCAAAGAAAGACAAGAAAAAGUCGAAAGCAAAAAAAUUCACUACGGCUGACGAUGUCGUCAAGAACCUAGAGGACACGUCUAAGCGUGAAGUAUCGUUGAAACCUCGCAAACCAGAAAUAUUGCCGCCAGUGGCUGGUAAUUUAGAUGAAAACAAUUCAAAGGAACAGGUUGAAGAACCAACCAACGAAGAAGAAUGGAAAGAAUUUGAGGAGGAAACGCGUAAAGAUUACACAGGUCUAAAAAUUGGCCAACUGACAAUUAAUGAAGAUGAGGAGCAUAGCGUAAGUGAUGGUGAUGAUGACGAAGGGGAUAGUGAUCAAAAUUCCAAUAACGAAUCAUCUAAACGUCACACUGGAGGGCCAUGGAAAAAGGUUAUACCCGCGGAAGAAGUAUUGCAAAUUCCAAUGGAAGUACAGAAACCUGCAAACAAACUUUAUGUGUCUGUUGCUUUUAGACAAGGACCUCCCAAAAUUAAGGCACGCAGUAAAGCUGCACCAGAUAUAACAAAUGCUGAUUUCUUCCCCACAUUAGGUGCUGCACGUCCCGAAGAGCAGCGGAAAAAGAAAAACGAACCUGCGUUCGAAGAGGUUAGACAUGGUGGACGUGUUCAACGCAUACAGGAGCAACAAACAGUUGCACCAGCAAAUGCGUCAAAUAGAUUUCAAUCACUCGAUGAGGAUGACAGCUAGAGUCAGUUUUAUUAUUUGCUGACUGAAGCACUGUCAAUCAUAUGACGUAUUCAAUUUAAUUUAAAUCGUUCGGGUAGCCUGUAUAAAAUUCUAAAUCUGCAUUUUUUUUAUACUGAUUUUAUUUAGUUUAUAUAAUUUAUUUCAGUAUAUGUUUGUUGUUCCUCAAGCGCAUUUUCUGUAAAAAAAAAUAAAUAGUAUUGGCACAAUAUAUAUUAAUAAAACGGCAUGAUUUUCCGUUCUAUAGUGAAACUUGUUAUGAUAUUGAACAUGCGCUAAUCUUCAAGCCAAUUCCCCCAAUUUACUUGUAAGUAGGGAAAUAAACAAGCAUUAGCAUAAAUAAAAAAUUUUUUUAAUUUUCUCAGUUGUAA